AGUAGCAAUUCGGCAGAGGAGCAUCGGACUCGACUCGGGUGAUCGCAAUGGAUCUGCUUUUCUGCUUUUAGUACACGUCUGUGCACUGUAGGCACAAAACAGUAAACAUGAUCUAACCUAAAAUCAACCUAAUCGGUAGUUAAACUGUAUGUAUAUACAUGUGUAUCGACCACAAUAUACAUGAAUAUAUAUGUGUUCAACUUUAAAUAAAAAUUACUCUCGAGCACUUAAAAACUUGUGAAUAAAAAUGUUGCAAACUAAACGAGGUACUCUUAAAUAAUUAUGAUAAAAUCAAGCCGCUCUAAAACAAACUUAAAUGCAAGCCUUUAAAACACAGUUCAGCAUUGGCCCAAGAUUGCUCUGACCUGCUGACCAAUCUCCCGGAUAUGCAGCAUUCUCGAUAUCAAUGCAGUCCACGUCCACUGACGCUAAUACUUCUUUUACACAUCUGUCUAUCGCUACCAAAUGAAUCUUGGGCUGGAAACAACGAGAAAAAGCUACUGCACAAGCUACUAGAUCACUACAACGUAUUAGAACGCCCUGUCGCCAAUGAGUCUGAUCCUCUUCAGCUGAGUUUUGGUUUAACUUUAAUGCAGAUCAUUGAUGUGGACGAGAAAAAUCAGCUACUCAUCACAAACAUUUGGUUGAAAUUGGAAUGGAACGACAUGAACCUGAGGUGGAAUUCUUCCGAGUUUGGUGGGGUGAAAGAUCUCCGUAUUCCACCCCAUCGACUGUGGAAGCCUGACGUUCUCAUGUAUAACAGUGCCGACGAGGGUUUUGAUGGUACCUACCCUACCAACGUAGUGGUGCGAAAUAACGGAAGCUGCUUGUACGUCCCGCCUGGCAUCUUCAAGAGCACGUGCAAAAUUGACAUAACGUGGUUUCCUUUCGACGACCAACGUUGCGAAAUGAAAUUCGGCAGUUGGACGUAUGACGGCUUACAACUGGAUCUCCAACUACAAGACGACGCUGGCGGAGACUUGAGCAGUUUUAUUACGAACGGAGAAUGGGAUUUGCUUGGUGUACCAGGCAAAAGGAACGAAAUCUUCUACAACUGUUGUCCAGAGCCAUACAUAGACAUCACCUUUGUCAUCAUCAUACGCAGGCGUACUCUCUAUUACUUCUUCAAUCUCAUCGUACCCUGCGUCCUAAUCGCUUCGAUGGCAGUUUUGGGUUUCACUUUACCACCAGAUUCCGGAGAAAAGCUAUCUCUGGGAGUGACAAUUCUACUGUCUCUCACUGUCUUCCUCAAUAUGGUGGCAGAGACGAUGCCUGCCACCUCGGAUGCAGUUCCCCUCCUAGGAACUUACUUCAACUGCAUCAUGUUCAUGGUUGCUUCCUCGGUUGUUUCCACUAUACUGAUUCUCAACUACCAUCACCGCAAUUCUGAUACGCACGAGAUGUCGCAAUGGAUACGUGUCGUAUUUCUUUGCUGGCUUCCGUGGAUUCUACGCAUGCGUAGGCCGGCUGAGGAAGACGAUUUUGUCCCGUCACCGAAUCGUCCAGUGCCUUCAGAGAGGAAGCAAAUGCAUUUUCCAGAGGUCGAGCUGAAAGAGCGAUCUUCCAAGAGCUUGCUAGCGAACGUUUUAGACAUAGAUGACGAUUUUAGACAUAAUUAUCGGGGAGGGGGCACUCCCACACCCCUGCAGCCUGUGCCAUUUUUUCGAGCGGUCUACAGGCAGAGUGACGAGAGCAGCAACGGCGGUAACGGCGGCAGCGGCGGCGCGCCUCGCCUCUCCGACUCCAUCAACGCCAACCACGCCUGCGCUAGCGCCGACUACGAGCUGGCCAUGAUUCUGAAGGAGAUCCGCUUCAUCACCGACCAGCUGCGGAAGGAGGACGACGCCGCGAACAUCACCAAGGACUGGAAGUUCGCGGCAAUGGUGGUCGACAGACUGUGCCUUAUCAUAUUCACGCUGUUCACUAUCAUCGCCACGCUGGCGGUACUCUUUUCGGCUCCACACAUCAUCGUGUCGUAGCCCAACAUCAGCGACGAUACUGGUACCGAUGUUACGGACAACGCCCUUCGGUAGAGUUUCCGAUUGGUUGAGCCAAUCUCCCGGCUGCUGGUCCUACUGACCUGGAGGCUGAUUCAUGAAAAUCGUUGGUUAGCCGAUCAGGAAGAUUGAAUUGAACCACUUUUCGAAAAUCCAGAAUAUUUGCGAAUUACCCUGCAAUUUUGUUUUUCGGAAUAGAAUACCACAUUUAUGAUGAUAUUAUUUCAUCAGAAUCAGCUUUUCAGUUUGAGUUUGUUCCACGUCCCAUUCCACAUUUGGCUCUUCGAAUCAUUUCUAAUGAUUUUUGUUACAGAAACAUGCAGAGAAAAUAAAUCUAUCUUGAUUGUGUUUGUAAUACCAUGAAACACGAGAAGCAUUCUGUGUUUACAUGGUGAGAUACUCACAGGGGAUCUACUUUAUGGGUUUCCUUUCAUGACCAGACUAAUAUUGUUAGUCUCACCCACUGACAUCACCUACUAUGUAGAUCGAUAUAUGUUAUAUCCAGAACAACCCGAAAAUCACUCUCAAAUUGCUCGUCUGGAAACGCGUCUUCUCAGAUGGCACCUAGGUUCCAAACAGUCAUUCUUGUAAUUGACUUAUGUCACUUGGUGUUCGGAAACAUGGGAAGGAGCUCCAUGGGAACUAACUCGAUCUCGUAAAUGAAUCAGAUUUCCUUUUAUGCCAUUAGUAGUCUAGAUAGUAGGUGAUGUCGGUGAUAUCACCAGCCAGAGCUUGAGGUCAUUGUCAAAAUUCCACAAGUUUUUGUUGCACGGCCCUCAAGGCUAGGGCUUGUGAAAAAUUGCAGGAUCAGUGGUGUGUCCUAUGUGAAGAAGUACAAAAACAUAAAUUAUGGUCUAUUGAUUCAAAUGUGGAACUUUCAAAUCAACUUUCAAAUCGAAAUUGGAAAAGAUUUCCUGAAGUAGAGGCGUAAUGAGAGUAAUGGAGAAGUACCGAUAUUCCAUGUUAGACCUCACGUCUUAGAUCAUGUUUAAAUUGUUAAUCGAUUUUGGCUUUGGCGAUGCUAGCGAUUGAACGUGGUGAUGUUUUUAUUGGUGACUUCGAAUCGACCAGCUACUCUGAUCAAUAAUAACAUAACAUGUUUCAUCAUUAGCAUCGGCAAACCAAAAUCGUCCAGAAAAAAUAAGACAUGGAACGGACUACUAAUUGACAGUCGAUUAUCGAUCUAUUCCUUUUCUUCCAGUAAGAGUUGAUUGAUCCAAUAUUUCAAUUUGGCUAUCCGAACGGUGUUCAUGAGCCUUCAUAUAAAAACUGGAUGAGCAGUGACGCAGUGGCAUAAAGGCAAAUUGACCAAAUGAGCUUCCUACACCUCAGAGAGGAGUACAUGAUGCGCAUCAACGAAGUAUGAAGCAGGGGAUUUAUAAGUAUUUUUGUUUUGAGUUUGGUGCAUUGAAAUGCUCGAUACUCACCCAGAUAGCACAAAUACCUUCCGAGGCACUUCUGAGGCGAUCACAAUAAUGUCGUCAGGACGUCGAGUGCGAGCCUGAUGACGUCCCUUGGCCGUACUCCUGUUACCGAUAUCUACGUCCUAAUAACUUCUCAAGACAUCCUUUUAAGGUCUCCUAGGAUAUGUAUUGGACGAUAUGUGAACAACAUGGGCAAUAUACAAAAAUGUCUCUCAGACAUCUUCUGAUGGCUUUUUUAGGGAUAUUCGAGAUAAAUGGGAGAUAGGUUGAUACAAAUGUAUAUUCCAUGAAGAAAAAUAGAUCUUAUGAUAUUCGCACAAUUUUUCUCUAUUGAUAAUAAGUUCGAAUAAAAAAACUUACAUUUUAUUAUUCAUAACCUAUUCUGAACAAUUUCGAGUUUCUUCCAGACGAAAUGUAUCUCGGCUCCUUAUUGAGCCCUACUAGAAGUUAUUGUCUAUUGGUUGUUAUAUUAUUUCUCCAUGUUGUUUCUGAUUUCUGAACCCUGGACAAACUUCCUGAUGCUGAAUCCUUACUGAACGUUGAAGCCUCUAAAAAAACAUUUCAUACAUUCUGAAGAAGCCGAAAUAUCUUGAGAACAAUCUGUUCCGAUAAUAUCAUCAGGUUUUCGUUUUCCAUAACCUUCUGGAACAAACAAUGUGCUAAUAUUCCAUGUCCAGUAAUAUGUAUGAUUUGAUCGACCUACCUUUGUUCCAUUUCUUUCUCAGAGAAAUAUCAUCAGCAGUUAGGUACCUAUUAUGAUCCUUGUUAUGUCGUUAUUGUUUCGCGAGUUCUUGUUACCAAUUGUGACUUAUAAACCCUGGACAUACUUCCUGAUGCUGAAUCUACUGAAAGUUCAAGGCUGCAUAUAAUCAUUCAUAUAGAUUUUGAAGAAGCCAAAAUAUCGCCGAUAUUACCAAUUCUAACAAAAAAUUUGAGAAAACACAAUCUGAGUAUCUAGAUUCUGAAGUAACAGCGUCAUUUAGGCUAACAUGACUGCAAAAAAUUUUCAAGAUACAAAAGUGCCAGCUCCACGCCACUGAUGAGAAAGUUGCUAUUCGACACUUUGGAGUACUGCACAUGCGCUCUUUCAAUUUGAGGAUGUUCAAUUCGGCAUAUCUUCAAGGCGACCGGACAACCGGACAUCGUACUGCUCAUUCAGUUGCAUUAUAGACUAAUGGCUGGUUUGAGACAAUUUAUACCCCCUUGAAUUCAGCAAAAGACAGCGAAAAAAUGUCUCUCCAUUGAGAAUCUUUACCUGACGCAUGCCCAAUAACUUGAGUCUAUUAUUUUCUGCCAAAACACUGUGAACAUGGAGCUUGGUAAAGCAGGUAAACCCUGAUCCCCUGAUGACAUAUGGUAUCAGGUAGGAAUUGUUCUCAGAAAAGUUUCACGUGAUCCUCUGUGACCGAUCAGGACAGGCGACUCUUCGAAGUUGGGAGGUAUGAAUUGUCUCUGCUGGUUUUAGGGUGUGCUACGCUAUGGGUCGUUAUCUUGGCAAUCUACUCCAUUUUGUACUAGCAGCAGCAGGGAUUCUGAUCCUAGCCAAACCGGGUGGUUAAUACAGUUAUGUGGUUCCUACUGAUCAAUUUAAUCUUUCAAAAACUUCUUUCAUCACCUAAGAGUAAUUGAAUUCAUUAUGAUGAAUAAAAGAGGUAGAAUAAUCAUCGAGUAAUUUAUUAACAGAAGAAAUCGCCAAUAUACAACAAACAGAUGAAGACGACAAUCUUACCGAUAUAAUUAUCGUUAUCACGUUCCUGAUAUGUAUCUUUAUUGGAGUUGUCACUGUUUAUCUGAUGUACGUACAAUUUUGGCGUAACCAUCAGUUAUCCUUACAGAUUUUCGAAGCAAAAAUCUGAUCAAUUGGCUGGUUCAUUCGAUAUGGAAAGGAAAAUGGCCCCAUAAACUUGCCAUUCACAAACUUUGCUCGAACAGUGCAUCGUGUACAACAUGAGUAUUUGAUCAAGAUUAAUGAGAUAACCCAUUUGAAGUGAUCACUGUAUGUCUGCCAUUUAUUUCAUUUGAAUUCCUUCAUGAUAUCAUGAUUCGUCAUUUACGUAUCUUAAUCAUCAUUGAUUGGCUAGAGCCACCACAGCCACGAUGCGACAGUAUUCAAUAGAUUUUUCAGGAGAAUGUCGAUGCCUACAUGAAUAAGGUGACUAUUCA